AUGACGUUUUACAAAAAAAACUCUGAAGCUCUCUUCAUAUCUUUUAAUCUCAUGUUUUUUGCGCAUGUUAGUGGCUGCAACACUUGCUUUCCACCUACCCCAAUUCCUAACCUUAACCCUAUCAGCAAUCCUACAACGCCUAGUUGCUCAAGAGACGCCAUAAAACUUGGAGUUUGCGCCAAAAUACUAGACGUUGCAGUCGGAACUGUCAUUGGAAACCCAUCCGACACGCUUUGCUGCUCAGUUCUUCAAGGGCUUGUCGAUCUUGAUGCUGCCGUAUGUCUUUGCACCACCAUUAAAGCUAACAUUCUCGGGAUUAACAUCGACCUUCCCAUCUCGUUGAGUUUGCUCAUCAAUACUUGCGGCAAAAAGCUUCCCUCUGAUUGCAUUUGCGCCUGAUAAGUUGUAUAUGGAUGAAUCUAUCAAGUAGUUUUAUU